AGACUAACAGUCUAACAGACUCUUCCCCCUUAAUAAAAGUGAUAUUGCCACAAAACCAAAAGAGAAAAGCUUACAUAAAGUAGAAAAAAGGAGGCUCUUGGGUUUCUUUUCUUGCAGUCUCUGCUAAGCAUCUUUUCCUUACUUUUCCUUCUCUUCUUUAUUUUUGUUUUCAUUUCAUUUUCAUUUUUAUUUUUAUUUUUAUUUUUUACCACUCAUUCUUUCCUCCUUGUUGGAGAAUUUUUACUGGUUUUCCCCCUUGCUUUUGAUACCUACCAUCAUUUCCUUCUCUUCUUCAUCUAUAAUUUGCUCCUUGUUUUGAUGGAAUUUUCUUGGGUUCUCGUCUUUGGCAUUGUCUGUUUAGUCACAAAAAGUUGAAUUGCUUUUUUUACUAGUUUCUCAGAUUAGUUUUCCAUCUUGGCUUCUCUGUUUUGCUUUACAAUUUCCUUGGAAUUGGAUUUCUGGGAAUUCAUGAGCUGAUCUUUUCUGAGUUUUUUGGUGAUCAAUCGAGUUUUUCCUGAUAUAAUUCUCUGUGCCGAGUAUUUUUUUGUGUCUAAAAAAGAUUUCUUCAGCUGCAAGUUCUUAAAUUUAGCUUCUCCCUUUUCUCUUCUCCCUCCUAAUGCUCUAAAUUUGUAAACUUUUCCUUUUCAUUUUUUUUUUUUCAAUCAAACUUUCUGAGCUUUUGAUUUCCAUUUUUAAUUCUUCAAUUCCUUUUGCUUCUCUCUUUGGGUUUCUGAUUCCAUGGGACUCUGUCAUGGAAAACCCAUUGAAAACCCACACACCCAAUCGCAAAACAACAUAAUUCACAAUGAAAACGAGGCUGCACCGAAUUCCCAGACCAGCAAAUCUUCAAACUUUCCCUUUUACAGUCCCAGUCCUCUGCCCAGUCUCUUCAAGAACUCUCCCGCCAACUCAAGUGUGAGCUCAACUCCUUUGCGCAUUUUCAAGCGCCCAUUCCCUCCUCCAUCCCCGGCCAAGCACAUCCGGUCAUUGCUAGCUCGAAGACAUGGCUCAAUUAAGCCCAAUGAGGCCUCAAUCCCAGAAGGAAGCGAAUGUGAGGUUGGGCUGGAUAAGAACUUCGGAUUCUCCAAACAGUUUUUAGUCCAUUAUGAGCUUGGUGAAGAGGUGGGGCGUGGGCAUUUUGGUUAUACUUGCUCGGCAAAGGGGAAAAAGGGGAACUUGAAGGGCCAGGAUGUGGCUGUCAAGGUUAUUCCAAAAUCAAAGAUGACAACAGCAAUUGCUAUAGAAGAUGUAAGAAGAGAAGUGAAGAUACUACGUGCCCUAACAGGACAUAAGAACCUUGUGCAGUUCUAUGAUGCCUAUGAAGAUGAUGACAAUGUUUAUGCAGUGAUGGAAUUGUGCAAAGGAGGUGAACUAUUGGACAGAAUACUUUCAAGGGGUGGAAAAUAUUCAGAAGAAGAUGCAAAGGCAGUCAUGGUUCAGAUUUUGAAUGUGGUUGCUUUCUGUCAUCUUCAAGGUGUAGUUCACCGUGAUCUCAAGCCCGAGAAUUUUCUUUUUGUAUCAAAGGAUGAAAAUUCCACGUUGAAGGCAAUUGAUUUUGGACUCUCUGACUAUGUAAAGCCAGAUGAGAGAUUGAAUGAUAUUGUGGGAAGCGCAUAUUAUGUAGCUCCUGAAGUUCUACACAGGUCAUAUGGGACAGAAGCAGACAUGUGGAGUAUCGGUGUAAUUGCUUACAUCCUAUUAUGUGGAAGCAGGCCUUUUUGGGCCAGGACUGAAUCUGGAAUCUUCCGAGCUGUCCUCAAGGCUGAUCCAAGCUUUGAUGAAGCCCCUUGGCCGUCUUUAUCUUCUGAUGCAAGAGAUUUUGUAAAGAGGUUGUUGAACAAAGAUUACCGGAAGAGACUAACCGCUGCUCAGGCUCUGAGUCAUCCAUGGUUAGCCAAUUAUCAUGAUGUGAAGAUACCAAUGGAUAUGGUAGUAUACAAGCUUGUAAAAGCUUAUAUAUGCUCUUCCUCCCUACGGAAAUCAGCAUUAGGGGCUCUUGCCAAGACAUUAACAGUACCACAGCUAGCAUAUUUGCGGGACCAGUUUGCACUAUUGGGGCCAAACAAAAGCGGAUUCAUUUCUAUGCAGAACUUUAAGACACAGGGUGUGAUGAAAAACUCUACUGAUGCCAUGAAGGAUGCAAGGGUUAUAGAUUAUGUACACAUGAUUGGUUCCAUCCAAUACAGAAAGUUGGAUUUUGAAGAAUUCUGUGCAGCUGCCAUAAGUGUGCAUCAGCUGGAAGGAAUGGAGAGCUGGGAGCAACAUGCCAGGUGUGCUUAUGACAUAUUUGAAAAGGAGGGAAACAGACCAAUUAUGAUUGAGGAACUUGCAUCGGAGCUUGGACUUAGCCCAUCAGUUCCUGUGCACGUAGUUCUGCAGGACUGGAUCAGACACUCAGAUGGAAAGCUAAGUUUUUUGGGGUUUGUUAGACUUCUACAUGGUGUUUCAUCACGCACAUUUCAGAAAGCUUGAAAAGGAAGCCCUGACUACAUAGUCUGUUUUCUUCCGUCCUUCAUACUCUCCUUAGACCUAAGAUUAUCAAGAAUGGACAAAAUGCAUUCUCCAUUGGAAAUUUACUUGAAAAAGAAGCCACAGUAUGUGUUUUGUGUUUGGUCCAGAGGAGAGAUGGUAGCUGCAAGGCAGAAGAAGUUCUUGGUGAUGGAGAGGAGGCAAUUCAAAGCAUGUUCCAAAAGUCAGAAUUUGUUUUUGUCUUUUUUUGAAUUUAUUUUAAAAACUUACAUAAGGCCUUACUUCUCCCCCACCCUCCUUGUGAAGAAUGGUGAUGCUGUUGAAGUGUAGAGGAUUGUACAGAUGAGGGCAGCUGAAGAUGAAUCUGUAUUUAGGAUGAUUAGCAAAAUUAACUACUCCUAGCUUUUGACUGAAAGUGAGUUUUGUUUUUCUCUUUCGUCUCUUUGGGGUUAACAUUCCUCCAUACUUGGUCCACUACUUCUUAGUUUCUUAAUAAUGAAAUCAUCCAGAGUUCUGCUUCAGAAAA